AUGAUGAGAAAUUUCCUUCAACGAACGUCGCUCAAUCUCCACUUAAAUCGUUAUACGCAUAGCAAAUCUCGUUUUGAAAACGGUCCCGAUUUGAACCAUUUUCUUCAAGAGAAAAAAUCGGAUAAUUAUCAAGGAAAUUUAGUGUUACGUAAAGGUGAACAACGUUUGCGAAUACCACCAUGGUUGAAAACAGAGAUCCCAAUGGGUGAAAAUUAUAGCAAAUUGAAGAAAAGCUUAUCAAAAUUAAAUUUGAAUACGGUUUGCGUCGAAGCCAAGUGCCCAAAUAUAGGUGAGUGCUGGAAUGGCGGCGAAGAUCGUAUAGCAACAGCUACAAUCAUGCUCUUAGGCGACGAAUGCACUCGUGGUUGUCGGUUUUGCUCGGUGAAAACAUCACGUAAGCCUGCAGCACCUGAUCCGAAUGAACCAGAAAAUACAGCAAGUGAAAUCUGUUCGUGGGAUAUUGAUUAUAUUGUAUUAACCUCUGUUGAUCGAGAUGAUUUACCAGAUCAAGGUUCAUCUCACAUAGCAGAAACAAUUCGUUCUAUAAAACACAAGAAGCCGAAUUUAUUGGUCGAAUGUUUAACACCCGAUUUCCGUGGUGAUAAAAAAUGCAUCGAAACUAUAGUCAAAUCAAAUUUAGAUGUCUACGCUCAUAAUGUUGAAACUGUUCGAGAAUUACAGUCGCAUGUACGCGACUAUCGAGCGAAUUUUGAACAAUCAUUGAAUGUUCUUAUACAUGCAAAAGAAGUCAAUCCAAAUCUUAUUACCAAAACAUCGAUUAUGCUGGGUUUAGGUGAAACUAAUGAACAGAUACGCGAAACAAUGUUACAGAUACGCACACGAGCGAACGUCGAUUGCUUAACACUAGGACAGUACAUGCAACCAACGCGACGACAUUUGAAAGUCAAAGAAUAUAUUCGACCGGAAGUAUUUCAAGAACUGAAAGAGUAUGGAGAAUCAAUUGGAUUUCUGUAUGUUGCAAGUGGACCACUUGUUCGUUCGUCGUACCGUGCUGGUGAAUAUUUCAUUAAAAAUAUUCUCAAAGAUAAGCACCAAAAGAAACAAGCAGCAGCUGUCGGCAUUUCGGUGUAA